AAAUAUAUGCUUACCCAAAAAGAUAAUACUGUAAUAAUAAAUAAUUCAGUGGGAGAAAUCGAAAUAUAAAAGGCUUCAAAUAUAGCGGGAAGAACCCUGAUUCCGUUACUCUGAUUGCAGGAAGUGAUUGCAGCAACUGUGAGUCAAAGUUUAUGUGUGUGUGAGAGAGAGAGAGUUCUUCAGAGGAAGAUGAACAAGAAAGAGAGGUCGAAGGAGCGAAGAGAGAAGAGACGUGAAGAGAUUUCUCUUCUUCGCACCAUUCCUUACUCAGAUCAUCAGAAGUGGUGGUCCUCAGAUACUACUGCUGUCGUGACUGGUGCGAACAGAGGAAUUGGAUUUGAGAUUGCUCACCAACUUGCCUUGCAGGGGUUGACAGUCAUUUUGACAUCAAGAGACAAUGCUGUUGGUGAAGAAGCAACAAAGGUCUUACAGGAAGGAGGUUUGAAUGUGGUAUUCCAUCAACUGGAUGUUGUGGACCUUUCAUCAGUCAAAUUGUUUGCUGAUUGGGUACAACAAAACUAUGGUGGUAUAGAUAUUCUGGUGAGACGUCAAAAUCUGCAUUUCUACCAUUUAUUGUUUUGUCACCAUGUAAAUAAUGCAGGUAUCAAUUUCAAUCAAGGGUCAGAGAAUUCUGUUGAAUUUGCUGAACAGGUUAUUGUCACCAACUAUUUUGGGACCAAAAAUAUGAUUAAAGCUAUGAUUCCAUUAGUGAGGCCUUCUGCUUCAGGUGCUCGUAUUGUUAAUGUGAGUUCAAGAUUGGGAAGACUUAAUGGAAGGCGAAAUAGAAUUGGCGAUAUCACUUUGAGACAACAACUGGAAGACGUGGACACACUCUCAGAGGAGCUAAUUGAUAGGACUGUGAACAAGUUUGUGGAACAAGUUAAGGAUGGCAGUUGGACAGCCGGUGGGUGGCCUCAAACAUAUACCGACUACUCAAUGUCAAAACUUGCAGUUAAUGCUUACACCAGGUUAAUGGCCAAGAUGCUUUCAGAUCGACCAGAAGGUCAGAAGGUACACAUCAAUUGCUACUGCCCAGGCUGGGUGAAGACUGCAAUGACUGGCUGGGAAGGGCAUACUUCACCUGAGGAAGGGGCUGAUACAGGAGUCUGGCUUGCCCUGCUAUCGGACCAGUCAGUGAGUGGAAAGUUUUUUGCUGAAAGACGCGAGAUAAACUUUUAAAGCAGUUGGAUUGAAGAUCGACACCAGGUUUAAGUUCUACAGUCAUAUUCCCUUUGGAUGAAAAUAAAAAAAGGAUUGCUGAGAAGAAAUCUGUGUUAUGACUUUUUUGAGGGCUUACCUUGUUCUAAUGUUUAAAGGAGCGCAUUUGUCACAAUUGGGAUAAUAGCAAAGUAACCAAUUGCCUGUUUAUUUCCCGUCUUUAGGGAUUAAAAUCCUCUCCUAAUCUUGUUUUUAUUGAAUUCAAACCCUUCUAUUGUGAGAGAUUGGCGGCUAAGGGCUUCUCUUCAUCAUACUGGUGCUAUGAAUGAAUGUUUUGAUAAUUCAUGCCUGGGGAAGAGAGUUGUACUAGAUGGUAGAUUAGAGUAGUUAGGUAGGUAAUUUUUGCCAACUGAAAAUAAGUUAUGGCUUAGUGUUUAUUCAAGUAUAUCUUCUUAAUUGACUUAAAGUGCGUUUGUAACCACUUGAUUCUCGAAUAUACAUAAGUGUGAAUUUCUUUAUUGUUAAAGCAAUUGAUCA